AUGACAAGUAGUAUAAGCAAAAUUAUAAAUUCAAUUAAUAAAAAAAAUGGAGAAGGAGGUAUAAUAUAUAGUAUAAAGAGGUUUUUAUCAAUUAUAGGAUUUUGUUGUUGCUUUUUAUGUACAUUUGAUAAUGAAAGUCAAGAUUAUAGAGAGAAUGAAAUGAAGGAACCAAUGACCAAAAUUCGAUUAGGAUUUCGUGGUAAAGAUACAUGGAUCAAUGCAGAGGGUGUAAAUUUUCAUCAAACUUUUGGAGUUUACUCUGUAUUAUUAGAUGAAGACGAUCAAGUGAUACCAUUAACAAAGAAUGGUGAAUUAUUUGAACCAUUGGAUACCUCUAAAAAAUAUAAAAUCGUUGCAAAUAGGUAUGGUAGUUCAGAAUCAAAAUGGAAACAACAUAAAAAAAAAGAAAAAGAUACUGUUAAAAAUUAUUCCACAUUAAAAAAGCAAAAAAAGAAAAAACAAAUUGAAUUUUUAAAACAAUUUAAUGAAAAAUCACAACAACCUAAUCAACAACAACAACAACAACAACAACAACAACAACAACAACAACAACAACAACAACAACAACAAUUAAAUCAACCAUUUGAUCAACAACUUAACCAACAAUUUGAACAACAACCACAACAACAACAACAACAACAACAACAACAACAACAACAACAACAACAACAACAACAACAACAACUACAACAACAACUUAGUACAGAUAUUGAAAUUAAUGAUGAAAUAACUUCCUAUCCUAUUGAAGUUGAAACUGUUAAUAACAAUGUAAUAAUACCGCAUACUAUUGAAAAUAAUAUAAUUGUAAAAAAUAUUAAAAAAGAUUUCACAAGCGAUAAUAAAUUUUUUACAUAA